AAUGGGUAGUUCCUUCUUGGGUUGAUGACCCGUAGUGCAGUAAAGCUUCGGAUUCCUACAAAGCGGUACAGUAAAACAGCGGCAGUAACUUGACGACGAGCUACGCCGCUAAAAAGCGUCUAUGACCCUCGCCAUAUAAAUAGAAAUUAUUAUUUAAUGGGACUUGCCACUUCUUGCCAAUCGAUGUGUCUCUCCAAAGCGUCGUGCGUCGGCGCAAAAAUACGGCAGCGUAUUUUAUGAAGCGACCGCUACGGAGCGGUGAGUCAGUUUACAGGCGUUGUUAUAUUGCAAGCACGCCUUUUGACGGUGCUGCAGUGUAGCGAUUCUAGCGUUUGGUUAUCAUUAUUAAAAAUGGCUGAACAAACUAAUUGGUCCAGCCAACAAGAUGAAAUUCUAAUCGACUUUGUUCGGAAUCACGAAGCCCUUUUUAAUGUAAAAUCUUCAGAGCACAGGAAGACGAAACUGAAAACAAGCUUAUGGCGUGAAAUUGGGGCAAUGCUUUCUAAAACAGAUACCGAUUGCAAUAAACGUUGGGCUUACAUAAGAGACUACUAUAUUAGGAAAAGGGGAAAACCUAGUCCUGGAUCAGUAGGUGAGGCUGUGAAAAAAAGAUCGGAGCUACUGUCUUUUUUAGAUGACUGCCCAAUAAAACGGAGAACAGCAAGUUACAUAGAAAAUAAUGAAGAGACUAGCGAAAGCUCCCAGGAAGACACGGACCAGAUCGAUACACCAAUCAUAUCCAAAAUAGACAGUGCCGAAGAACAAAGCUACACUACCUCCCGGAAUGUUUGCACGUUAGAACCUAUUAAAUCCGAAAUAUACAGUACCCCCAGCAUCGCCAGUACCAGUAGGACAACUUCUCCAUUGGCCAUAUUCGCUCCGAGACCACAGCAUGUGCAGGGAGGUCAAGACGAGAACGACUUGUUUUUUGCAUCUAUGGCCACGAUUGUAAAAAACUACCUGCAUCAGAACAGGCUAGGCUCAGAAUGGAGAUUGCUACUAUGAUUGGAAAUGCGGAAUUAGCACUAUACAGUCAAAGUAGAGAAUGUAGUACAGUCAAAGUAGAGUAAUGCGAACAUCUGUGAUGCUUCUCUAGGACCAUCCGAAUGCUUCUGAAUACAUUCAGAGAUUAGAAUAAUACCAUUUUAUAAUACUAUUAUUUUUACUAGUUACUUUUAUUUAUCUUAAAUAAAUGCAUAUCAUUUGUUC